AAGCAUUAUGGCGACGCUGCUAUCGGGCUAUACCGAGAAGCCUGAAUCUUCGCCUGAGUCAGCCACACCUCAGCACCUUGAGUCCACCGAGCCUAAGAACAUUCACCAAGUCCUCGAGAAAACAACGAGCAAUGUGCUCGCAAAACCUUCGGCCCUGAAUGUGGCUGAUACUGCAUUGGAGACGACCGAGACUGCCCAUACGAUAGCGUCGAACCCUCGUCACGACGCUAAUACCGAACUCAACAUCAACUCACAUAAUGAUGAAGCUGAUUCAUCAGAUGCUGAUUCAUCGCUUCCACCUGUCGACACCGGAAAAGAUGCAUGGCUGUUCCUUCUGUCGGCAUUCAUUUUGAAUGUUUUAGUUUGGAGUUUCCCAUUCGCCUAUGGCAUCUUCCAGGAGUACUACUCCUCGCAUCCGCCAUUCAAGGGCCAGCGAAACAUUGCCAUUGUGGGUACCUUCGCCUUGGGAUUGAUGUAUCUCUCUUCGCCGUUGGUCUUUAGCCUGCUUGCAUGGCGCCCCACGUGGAAAAGGCCUUGUAUCCUGGUCGGUCUGAUCAUCAUGUGUUUGUCCAUCGCACUCAGCUCUUUGAGCACAAAAGUUGCGCAUCUCAUCGUGAGUCAGGGUGUGUUCUCGGCGAUUGGAGGUGCUUUGUGUUAUAGCCCAGCGAUCAAUUUCAUGGAUGAGUGGUUUGUGAAGAGAAAAGGCAUGGCUUUUGGUAUGAUGUGGGCAGGCACUGGUCUUGGCGGUGUCGUAAUUCCACUCCUUCUCCAAUUCCUACUCAACAAAUAUGGGUUCCGUACCACUCUCCGCAUCUGGGCUGUGGUCUUGUUUGCCGCGACAGCGCCGCUCUACGUGUUCCUCAAACCGCGUGUGCCCAUUUCUCCGGCCACUAAUCACCGCGCUUUUAACCUGUCCUUUCUCAAAACCAGAACUUUCUUGCUACACCAACUUGGUAACGUCCUCCAAGGCUUUGGGUACUUUUUACCGGCCCUCUACUUGCCCACAUAUGCAAAGACUCUGGGCGCAUCGAACAGUGUCUCCGCACUCACACUUACCCUGAUCAACAUCGCCGCAGGCUGCGGAUGCAUGUGCAUGGGCUGGUUUGUGGAUCACUGGCAUGUCACGACAUGCAUAUCCAUAACGACGAUAGGAUCUACGUUGUCUGUCUUCCUCCUCUGGGGCUUUUCGACACAUCUGUCCCUGCUUAUGGUUUUCUGCUUCAUGUAUGGCUUGUUCGCCGGCUGUUAUUCAACAACAUAUUCAGGUGUCAUGAAAACGCUCAGCCACAGUCAGCAGGCUGCAGAUUCGAGCAUGGUAUUUUCGGUACUUGUGGCGGGACGCGGUAUCGGAAAUGUGCUUAGCGGACCCAUUAGUCAAGCACUGAUCGGAGCGGGUGAAGUAGGGAAGGUAGGUGUGUAUGGAAGCGAGUACGGUCCACUUGUCAUAUUUACGGGCGUCAGUGCCGUAUUGGGCGGAUUCAGUUGCAUUGGAAGAGCGCUCAAAUGGUUCUAAGCAUGUAGCGGCCGGUACAGCUACUCGCAUAAGUUGACGUGAUGUCACUUUCAUAACGGUGAUAUCUUUUCGGUCUUUGCUGCAAUCUUUGGUCACAGAGGAUCUAGCAAGCGGUUGAUUAGAAGGAAUUAGGAAGAAAGUGACGCGUAAGCGCCUCAGGAGAAAUCGAUCACGGACCGAAGUCUUUGUUGUUCAUGUUCAACCAAAGAACAAAAGGCAUGAUAUAAUUAUCGGAUGGAUUGAGAGCCUGGCUAGGGGACCUCCAGGCAAGUAGGAGUGAGUCGCUUGUCCUAGAGAGCACUUGGUGACAAGGUGAACGCAUUAAUGGGGUAAAUUAUGGAGAUGUUGUUGCAAGAUGUGAUGUGAAUGGUAGCGAGUUAAAAGAUCAUCAUUCAGUAAAUCAAAUACGACCCGCAACUUACAC